UGUAUAACUUUGACUCCUAGGUUUUCUUCUCCCUCGUUGUCUUUGAAUAUGGCUUAGGGCACAGAAAACUUAUACGCAGUUUUCUGGUUUAGGUUUUUGCUACGUUCUUCCGAAAAUUGCUAAAAGAGGGGUUCUCCUUUUUCUCCUUUUCUUCCGAAGAGUUCUGCACUUUACUCAGAUACGCUUUUUAUGGAAAAAUCGAAGGAGGAGGUCUCUGUAUGUAGAAUUUCAGAAUCCACUGCGACCCUUAAUGAGAACGGAGCUCGUGAAACCCUAGAGGAGUCUGUGCACUGUGCUAGUCAGGGUCAGGUUGAGGGGUUGGGUGGUGAAGAUGCUGGAGGGGGCAGCGAGAAGGACAUAAUGGUGGAGGUAUUGGGUUCUGAUGUGUACAUAGAUGGUGUUUGCACUCGUGGAAAUGAAGCAGAGCUGCGUGAUGAAGUGGCUUGUGGCGGAUCAGUCGACGGCGGUAAUGAUAUGAAAUCUUUGGGUGGAGACUCUGGGGUGGGUAAUGAGGCUGAGGCCGGGUUUGAGGCUUCCCAUUUGCAAUCCUUAGAAUCUAAGAGUGAGAAUCCCACAGCCCAACAUGAUGUUGCAGCGCUGGGCAAGGAGGAUGUUGCAAGGGGAACAUUGAAGGAUGGCAACGUAGAGAGAGGUGAAGAUGUGCCAAAUAUGCAGGGAGCUCCAGUUUUGAAAAAUGGAGCUCAGAAAGAAGAAACGGGAACUGGAGUUAGCGGCUCUUUGGCAGUUGUCAAUUCCACACUUGAAGGAACAGAAUUGCCCAUGGCGGAGGAUGUCAGACUUGAGCACAAUGAUGCCCAGGAAGCUGCAGUUCCGGAUGAUAAGUUGACAAAUCCUUCAUGUGAUAAUGCUUUAGGAGGUUCGACAGCUGUUAGUUCAUUAAAUGGAGAAAAUGUGCAUAGUGAAUCAGUUGAAAAGGAUAGUCAGCAGCAGAAGAACUUGGUAGAUCAAGGAGCAAGGGAGGGGAGAAAUGAUGUGACCUUGAAAUCAUGUGAUCGACAGAAGAAAAUUGCUAAUGAGGAGGGUGAUAAAACAUUAAAGGAAGAGGCUUGUAUCUAUGACAAAGAUGAAAAUAUGAAGAUUAAUGCUACUGAUGAAAAGUUACAGUCAGCUGAAGAGCAGUCAAUGGAUAUUGAUAAAGUUGGUGAAAACUCAGGCAGUCUGCCAAAAGUGGUUUCUGGUGUUGAAGUAGAUGCGGACAAGGAUUGUUUGAAUUCCGACAAGUGUAUUAGGAAUGAAAAAUGCAUGGAAAAGAAAAUGAUUUCUGAUGCUUCUUAUGUCAGUUCCGAUACUGGGCAGGGGAUGGAGAUUGACAAAGACUGCCAUUCAGAAAGCCUUGCUUUACAUGGCAGAGGACAAAAUUCUGAAAAUUACAAGACAGCGGUUUCAAGCAUGGAGAGAGAUGCUCAGGUUUGUAAUGUUGGAGAAAUUUCUUUGAUUAAGAGAGAUGGAGUUACAGGGUGUGUUUUAUCUGAACGACCACAAAGUUCUGAACAUAGCAUAGAAAUCGAUAUCGAUAGUGAUCCUGAUCUGGUCGAUUCUGGUUCAAGGGAACAGGGGAGAUUAGAUGGAAAUGUUUCUGAUGUCAAACAUGUUAUUUUGCAUAAAGGGGAGGAGGAGGAAGCUGAAGAUCACUCAGCAAGGGUGAACAGAGGGAGUGGUAAUGCUAAUAUUCAAGGCACAUCGGUAUCUUUUGGUGUGGUUGGCAAUAAUUUAGAGGCUAUUACAAACUCCAGGAGUGUAGAAAAUAAUCAAACUGCUGAUGGGGGGACUUUUUCGUCAAUGGGUACUGCGGAGGAGAAAUCCAAUGAUGAAGCACCAUUGUCUGCAGAUGAUCAGAAGUUGAUGUCCUUGAAGCAUGUCAACCAGAAUAUGACAAGUAAUGAUCAGGUUGAAUCAAAUGUUAGGCAGACCAUUGAAGUACAACUAGGUGAUACUUGUGAGAAAUCAGAUUCACAUGCAAGUCAGGAAAUUGAAGUUAAAGAAGAUAACAGUGAGGACCAUCACAAUUCAAUGGAUGAGAAAGCCUUAAAGCACAUGGCUACGAAGGCUGGAAGUUCAGGAGGAUUUUGUCAGGCUAGCUCUAUAUUGCCACCUGAAAAGGAAGGUGACUUUUCUGUCUCAGAUAUGGUUUGGGGUAAGGUGAGAAGCCAUCCAUGGUGGCCUGGACAGAUAUUUGAUCCGUCAGAUGCGUCAGAGAAGGCUAUGAAGCAUUAUAAAAAGGACUGCUUUUUGGUGGCAUAUUUUGGGGACAGAACAUUUGCUUGGAAUGAAGCAUCUCAGCUGAAGCCCUUUAGAGCACAUUUCUCCAAUAUUGAAAAGCAGAGCAAUUCAGAAUCAUUCCAUAAUGCUGUAGAUUGUGCUAUAGAUGAAGUCUCAAGACGAGUAGAAUUUGGGCUGGCAUGUUCCUGCGUACCAAAAGAUAUUUAUGACCAGGUCAAAUUCCAGACUGUUGAAAAUGCUGGGAUUCGAGAAGAAACAAGUUUAAAACAUGCAUCGGAUGAAUCUUUGGAUGCAAACUCCUUUUCUCCCAAUAAACUACUAGACUAUUUGGAAAAUUUAUCUCAGUGCCCAACUGGUGGCUUUGAUCGAUUGGAGCUUGGGAUUGCCAAGGCUCAGUUGCUUGCAUUCUAUCGUUUAAAGGGUUAUUCUUGCUUGCCUGAAUUUCAAUAUUGUGGAGGUCUGGACUGUGAUAUAGACAGCUCAAUGCAAGAUGUUGAGAAUAAUGCUAGCGAGGGUAAUGAAACUCCUCUAAGCAAGGAUGCUGAUCAAGCUUCUGCUGGUCAUAGAGUUUCAAAAAUCCACAACAGCUCUUACCACAAACGUAAACAUAAUUUGAAGGAUGGUAUGUAUCCUAAAAAGAAAGAAAAAAGCUUGUCAGAACUAAUUGGUGGGACUUUAGAUUCUCCAGAUGAUUAUUGGUUGGAUGAGAAAGCCAUUGACAGUCUAGUUUCCCCUACUGCUUCCAAGAAAAGGAGGACUGUCGAUCCAUAUGCUGAUGACCCUGGGAUGCAAGAUGGGAGGAAAACAAUUUCCGUUGCAAAAGUUUCCAGUUCCUCAAAACCAUCAUUUAAAAUUGGUGAAUGUAUUCGUAGGGUUGCUAGUCAACUUACAGGGUCUCCUGCAGUGAGGAGUUCUGGUGAAAGGCCCCAGAAGCCAGAUGAAGACACUGAUGUACUUUCUGGGGAUGCAUCUGAAGAUGUUUCUGCUCAAAAUCUUGAGGAGGCUAAGAAGCCAAUUGACCCAGCAGAAUAUUCAUCACUUAAUGAUUUGCUAUCUUUACUUCAGUGGGCAGCGCAAGAUCCAGUAGAACAUUGUAAGUUCUCGAGUGUUAUUGUAAGUUUCUUCUCUGAUUUCAGGAACUCAAUAGUUGUAGGAAAUUAUUCUGAAAGAGAGAUCACCCCUCCGAAUAAAGUUGGUCCUAAAAGGAAGAAACAGGCCAUUGCUGGAUUACCUGAAACAUUUGAAUUUGAGGAUAUGAGUGAUACUUAUUGGACAGAUAGAGUCAUUCAAAAUGGUUCUGAAGAGCAGCCAUCAAAAAGAAGCAGGAAAAAAGAAAAUCAAUCUGUGCUUCCUGAUCCAGAGAAACCUGUCCAAGUGAGUCGUAGGCCCUACUCCAGGAAACGGUAUUCUGACAACAGUAAUGUCAGCAAUGUGGAGGCUUCUGAAAAACCUUCUGGUUAUAUAGAUGAUAAAUCCCCUGCUGAACUUGUUAUGAACUUUGCGGAGUUGGAUUCUGUUCCCUCAGAGACAAACCUUAAUAAGAUGUUUAGGCGUUUUGGACCUCUUAAGGAAUCUGAAACAGAAGUUGACACAGUGGGCAGCCGCGCCAGAGUGGUUUUUAAAAAGUGUGCCGAUGCAGAGGUUGCUUUCAACAGUGCUAAAAAGUUCAACAUAUUUGGAGCAAUACUUGUAAACUACCAGCUUAACUAUACCCCUAGUGCACUUUUUAAGGCUUCAACUGUCGCCACAACACAUGACCAAGAGAUGCAUCUUGAUCUCUCCAAUUUCGAAGUUAAUAUGGUCUGAAUUCUUUGGUAAGUGCCUUUGAACUAUGAAGUCGUAUAUAAGCUGAAAAGGAUUUGGCAGAGAAUGCAUUUAACUGAGGGAACUUCUGUGUGAGACUGUUAAUUCCAUCUGGUUGUCCACGAUAGGCUGCUGGAGGUAACCGGAGUGUUAAUACAUCUGGUCAUCCAUUAUUAUGUUCAGAAUAUUACUUUUGUUGGUAGCUAGCCAGGAUGCACCAUUUUGUCGUUCCUUAGUUUUCUCUUUUGCCCAGUUUUCUGUAAGCAUUUUCAAUAGCCGCCAUUUCUAACUUGGGAUUCGAUAUGAAACUCGGUAGUCCUAGGCUGAUUACUUGUCAUGUAUGAUUUUCUAUGUUAAAUAUAUAGUAGUCUUUGGUAGGCAUGCUUCUAUGUUGUAAGAAUAGAAGUUAAUGUUGCGCAUACAAGUCUCCAAAAGCCUGGGUGAUCUGAUUUGUCUAACUAUUCCUUCCUUUUUUGAUGUCUUUGUAAUUCAGUGUUUGAGGUUUUAUAUAAAAGGCCUAAAUAUAAUGAGACCUCAGUUUCAUGAGUUA